AUGCCCCAGCCUAAAGAUUUCACAGCAACAGGUCCGCGUGGCAUACCAGACGUCUCUCAUGAUGACCUUUUUGCUUUCCAUGAAGCCCACUUCUCACAGGUAGCCCUCGCUUCUUUUGGGAAUGAUUUCAUUGAUCCGCCGAGUCAAGAUGAAGUUCAAUAUGACGCCGCUGGCGAUUCCUGGGAAGAAGACGAUGGGUUAGGCUAUUAUUCGGAUGGUGUGAAACGAACAUUAACGGACGAACAAAUCGAGAUAUUCCGACACUCCGAACUCGAGGCUUUGCGCAAGGAGAAAGAGAAGGAGAAACAGCUUAACGCCAAAGCAGAUGCAAGGAUGGGCGAACGCAUGGACUUGGGCGACGAUAGUUCUGCUCUCUCGCAAGCUGAAGGCGCCCCUUCUGCAUUGCCAACAUCCUUCCAAAGCAACAAGAAGCGGAAGCGGAAGAAGGGAUCUAAGCGUCCUGAACCGAAGCCCGACCUUCGAAAACGAACAUGGGAUGUUGUCGACAAAGGUCUGGACUCACUUGAGUAUGAUUAA